AUGAGCUUAUUUGAUAUUCUAAAUGGUCCAACCUACUCUUACUUGGUUAAAAAUUUUUGGGUUAGGGUUAAGGUUUAUGAUGAAGGUGAUGUUGCGCUUGAAGAAUGCCAAAAGAUUGUUGGGAAUGAAGAUUUUAAAGGGAAAUUUAUGAUAAUUCCGAAGAAAGAUGUGAUGCAACCUGCAGUUGGGCUAAGAAUUAGAAUUUUCAAAACUGCCUUCAUUGAUGAUUUACCCUAUAACUCCAAGUUGGAAAAUCCUGAAGUUAUUCAAGAGUAUAUCAACAUGGCCAAGGAAGAAGCUGGAGUCAUUAUAACCAUAAAUGACAUUCCUGGAGCCCCUGAAGGAAGUGCGUACAAGCCUCCAAGAAAAAGGAAGCAGAAUGCUUCUAAAACUAUGAAAGAGGUUCAUAAGCCACCUAAGAAGAAGAUUGUACACUAG